GUUUUGGCUCAUUCUUUUCCACGUAGAGAGGGGGAGCAUCUUAAAGUUUCCCUUUUACUGCAGUUUAAAACUUCGGUCACAUUGUUUCAAAUAUGACAUGAUUAGUUUCGACUUGGAUUACAGAAUUAGAUGGUCAUGGCUUUUCAAUAAUGGCUAAACUACAAACGUAGGACUCAAACCUUUGUACCUGGAAUCUUUCCCAACCAGAUUUGCUGCCUCUUACGUAGGAAAAACUAAAGUGCCAUGGCAAACUGUGCUUACAGCUCCUUUUUGGCGUUUGUAUGCAGCGUUUGCCUCUUUGGCGUGACAAAGAGUUAUCUGUCCAUACCUCUGAAAAUGUACCCGGGGAAGUACAACGUGUCGUCGGCGGUGGGUUUGUCUGUCACUCGUCUCGUCGGACUCCCGCCUGAUGGGACGGGUCUCUCUCUGGCCUCUGACCCCAGCGGUCAAGUCAACUUUAUGGACAUGGUGGGAAACCUGCAAGGGGACUCUGGCCGAGGCUACUACAUGGAAAUGUUAAUUGGCACUCCCGGACAGCAGCUCAACAUCCUGGUGGAUACCGGAAGCAGUAACUUUGCAGUGGCUGCAGAUUCACACCCAUUUAUUACUCGCUACUUCAACACUGCACUCUCCAGUUCUUAUAGAUCAGAUGGCCAGACUGUAGCUGUCAGAUACACCCAGGGUAACUGGAUGGGUGAACUUGGCAUUGACCUUAUCUCCAUCCCUAAUGGCCCAAAUGGUACCAUCAACGUCAACAUAGCUGCCAUCUUGUCUUCUGAAGGCUUCUUCCUACCUGGGAUAAACUGGCAGGGCAUCCUCGGACUAGCCUAUCCCAUGCUGGCUCGGCCAGAUUCAUCUGUGGAACCCUUCUUCAACUCUGUGGUGAAACAACUUGGUAUUCCUGAUGUAUUUUCCCUCCAGAUGUGCGGGACUGGAAUCUUGACUAACAACGUAGCUGACCCUCCGGGUGGUAGUCUUAUCAUGGGUGGGGCUGAACCAACUCUCUAUCGGGGCUCAAUCUGGUACACCCCUAUUGUUGAGGAAUGGUACUACCAAGUGGAAGUUUUAAAGCUGGAGGUUGGCAACCAGAACCUGGAUCUGGACUGCAGAGAGUAUAACAUGGAUAAAGCUAUAGUUGACAGCGGCACGACACUUCUGCGACUUCCCAUCAACGUCUUCAAUGCGGUGGUGGACGCCAUCACACGCAGCUCUCUGAUCCAGGAGUUUUCAUCAGGGUUCUGGGAUGGGACCAAGCUUGCAUGCUGGAUUAGGGGAGAUACCCCUUGGAGAUUUUUCCCCAAACUGUCAAUCUACCUAAGAGACACGAACACCAGCGAGUCCUUCCGCAUCACCAUCCUCCCUCAGAUGUACAUCCAGCCAAUCACAGAUGUGGACGGCACGCUGGACUGCUACCGCUUCGGUGUCUCUUCAUCUGCUAACGGCCUUGUGAUUGGCGCGACUGUUAUGGAGGGUUUCUAUGUGGUGUUUGAUCGUGCCCAGCGCAGGCUGGGAUUUGCCCUCAGCAACUGUGCAGUUAACGGGGGAGUGGCUCUAUCCGAAAUCGAUGGACCCUUCUCAGUGUCAGAUGUUGCGUCAGACUGCUCUGGCAAAGCGCUGAAGGAGCCUCUUCUUUGGGUGCUCUCUUACACCCUCAUGGCCGUGUGCGCCAUCAUUCUUAUCAUCCUGCUGUUGCUGCUGGUUUUGCCCUGUCGACGGCGAGGCUACUCCGGCGAGAUUACCGACCAGUCCUCUCUGGUGCGGCACCGUAUCAAGUGACUGAGAGGGAAGGUGCGGGUGACGGGAACCAAUGGGCUGGACGCCAACGAGCAAGGCGCCACCAAUGAGAUGGAAAAAGGGGUAAGGCUGCAAAAGAGGGUUGGCAUGGAGGCAUCCACCACCUCUGAGAAGGACCAUCCUUCGUAUAAACAUUCAAAAGACACUGUUAACGGUGCAAAGUGAACUUGUUUUUAUUUGAACUCUAAUAGUGCGCUGUGGACCAAGCAAUCAAUGUUUUUCUUGAACAAAACAUUUACAACCUUACUUAAAAAAAGUUCAACGGAUACCUGACAACUACUGACACUUCUCUAAUGAUUAUUGAAACUGAAAUGUUUACAUUGCUCAUAGUGCCUUCAGACAACAUAACUAAGAUUGUGCACUUUUUUUACAAUAAUGUCACUAGUCAACUAUGCACAUACAGUCCAUACUUGUUUACACGGACUCCAAUCGAGGGGUUAUUGUAUUGUUCUGGCAGUAUGUGUCAGGGCUGCGCCAAAACAUUUGCUUUUUGGAUGAAACGAAUGUUUUUGGAUGUACUGAUUCACCACGCAGGCUGUCCAGUCCAUUUACAAUGAACUGGGUUCAGCACUUGACAUUUUGUUCAGUCGCUUGUACAAAAAAUAAGAGUGCCUCUACAUUUUGACCUGAAACGAUGCAAAAUGGGUGAGAUUACUUUGUUUCUAAGACCAAUUAUGGUUUGCACUUGUACAGCCUGAAUUGGUGUCCAAAUCUGUUGUCAAUGCUGUUCUGUUGUUAAUAAUUUUGGCUAUUUUCCACUGUAAAAUUGAAAUUUGAAGGUGAGGUUAUUUCUGAAUUUUGGCACAUGCUGAUUAUCAUAAUUAAGCAAUAUUAUGCGUUCAAUUCAAUCAAAGCUGCAGGACCCUGAAACAUGGCUUUGAUUCUUUGAAAAGCCAAACGUGUUAUUUAAUGCCAUCUAGCGGAAUAGAUGGCCAUUGCAAGCAACUGAUUUAUGAAUGAAACUGAGGAAAGCCAAAACCAAGUGCGCUUGCUUGAAAAAUAAUCCAAAUGUAUGUAAUUGUUGCAAAUAAAGGAAUUAUGACCACAUUAAAGAUUUUAAUGUAGUUUGAGUUCACUGUAAUGAAACUAGCAUAGGAAUUCAUUAAAAAAAAAAAAACAUUAAAUACUUCCUACUAAACACAUUGGGUAAUCUGAAUAUUCUGGUGAUGUUUUGUGCUGUUCUAAACAGCACACUGGGUUGUUAUAUUUUUUUUCUAGCAGGGAGUUGGUUGGGAAAAAAGCAUCACCCUUCCCUCAAUGUGUCAUAACGGGCUGUAAAGCAAUGAAACAAUUUCCACUUAAUAUGAUUAUACUUUGAUGGCACCUGAAUCUUAUGUAGAAAACUUCUGUCUGGGUAUUGCAACUACUGGAACUGUGGACUAAGCAGCUUUAAAGAUUAUGGCUGCUCACUUGAUUAAUAUGUUUUAAGAAAAUAGGGAUAACUAUCAA